AUGACCCACCACAGGGCGCGGGGAAGACCCGCCCGAAGCAGCGAGCUCUGUGAUGAGCCGUCCUGGAAUCAGUACAGGCGGUUGGUCAGGGUGCGGCUUAGAGUAAGGUUUACGGAACUGCACAACCUUCAUAACCCCCUCCAACAAGUCACUGAUGCGUGUUCCCCACAGACCAGCACACACACCGCAGUGAACCCGAUGGAGGACACAACCAGCCCACGGAUCACCAGAGAUGCUCAGUCAAGAAUGCAACUCAGAGGCGCUGUGCCCGGCACUGCAGGAAAUACUAAAGGAAUAGACCGCUCCUGCGAACACCAGCUUCCUCACCUACCACCCUACACAGUGCUGCCAGAAUACUUCUUGACAACACCCACAAAUCAAGUCACCCGUGCUUUAAAAACCUAUGACUUGCCAAUGUCUAAAAAUGAAAGCCGACGAGACGCUUUCGAGGAAUACAAAGCCGUCUAUUAUCUGGCCCCCUGUCCUACCUAUUGUGAUAGAAAUCUUCAACCCGCUUCUGAGCCGCCCAUACUUUUUUGGGCCAAGAGCGUCAUCCAGGAUGGAACAAUACCUAAAUACCAGGACACUGCGGUCAAGCAUCAGCCGGGACACCUGAAGCCAGUUAAGCCGGGGCAGCUGCCCCGAGGCCGGGCAUUUGAGCGACGGCCGCGCCGCCCCGCCCCGGGGGUUCGCACGGAGCUUCAGUGCGCGUCUCGGCUUCUCGUCGCUUCAGGCUCUCGGGCCGCCCCGGAGCCGAGGAGGGGAGGGCGUGCCCCCGACCCCCGACCCCACCCAAAGCCUCACCGCUGCUGCGAAAACCCCUCUGCCCUCCGGGCCGCGCGCCGGGAAGAGCUGCGCGCCGCGUCUCCGUCCGGGGAACUUCGGUCCCCCCUGUCGCCGGUGCCCUCCGCCCUGCUGACUCGGGCCUCCGGGGGUGGGGAGGCGGCCGACUUGCGCGUCCUAACGGGAGUUGGGGAGCGGCAGGCGCAGAGUCCGGGCUGA